UCACUACGAUAAUUGUUUGGUGUCUAAUCAGACACUAGUAAUCACUAGACAUCAGCGAAAUUUUUAAACUUUAUUGUCUGUGUUAAAACUUUAUUUUACACAAAAAAACAAUUUUAUCCUCAUCGGAUAAAGUUGACAAAAUCAAACAAAAAUGAGUUUCGUAGAUCUUGCAACCUUAACUUUUCACCGACGAAAUGAAUUAGAAGCAAGGAUCAAUAUCUUUGUAGAAAAAAGCGAACAUGCAAUUAGUGAAAUAAAGAAAUUGCAAGUGCAGGCUCAGGAGUUUGUACAAAAGUUAAAUUGUGAACCAGCAGAGUUGAAGGAACGCUUCCUGUCAUGCAUGAAACAGCUUGAUGAAUAUACAUAUCUCAUAACAGACUUCAAUUUGUGUGUUAAAAAGCUUGAAGAGAACAGCAUUGUGGAGUACACACCAGUGCUAGAUACGAUGAGGAGCUCGCUACCGACUCCAACGCCCCAGGCUCUCAAUCUGAUGGACGUUCUCAGUGAGCCGAUGCCUUCUACAUCUACAGCUUGCCCAAACCUCUGCCCCUCAGAGAAACCGGCGCAAGAGAACCGACGUAAAGGGGAGCAACCCCUCAUUGAGUUCUCUAGCACUUCAUGCUCUUCUGAGAGUGUGCCCGUACACAAGAACGAGGACAAGGAAGUACAGUGCGAAGUGGCGACAGAGUUAAAUAAAUUAUCUCUAAAUGCAACACCGUUCAGCGGCGAGCAGUACAACUUGCCGGCGCAGACGGUGCUGCAGUGUGAUGUCUUGUACUCAUCGUGCACCAUCAUAUCGGUCGACGGCCUCGCGCUAUGGAUCAUCACCGAUGACAUCGACGAAGUCUGCACCCUAAUGAAUGAAAUGACGGAUUACUACAAGAAGCAACGCGUGGUGCUAACACCGGACCAGAUACGCACACUGCACUACUGCGCGUUCUACGACGAGGAGAGCAACGGAUACUAUAGAGGGUUCUUCAUUAAACUUACUGAGAAUAUGGUGGAGGUGUUUUUAGUGGAUACGGGCGAGAUGCGAACAGCCUCGAUCGCUUGUAUACAGCCGCUGAUGGCGCAGUUUUGCGACAAGCCGCCGUACGCGCGCUGCUGCCAUCUAGCGGGGUUGGACCUAUUGGGCAACGAGGAUGAGGAGCUGAUGAUUAAACAAGAGGAGUUUUUGAAGAAAUACAUCGGACAGCAGUGCCAAAUUGAAGUGGACGACAACACUUCCGAGUCCCUGGGCGUGUACGUAAUCCUCUCGUCUAACAAGACCAUAAACGAGCUCAUGGUGAAGCAGGGACUCGCCAGCAUGAUAGAUAAACGUACCGUUUCCCAAGCGAACGAUGGUGCCCCGCGAUCGGUGGACAGUGAGCUCGACAUCACCCAGUGCCCAGAGUACGAGGACGCUGUGGAAGCUGUUACGGGCUACCAUAAUCGCGACGAAGCGGACAUCUGCAAACACUACAAAGGAGGGCCUGAAAAAACGUGCUUCAAAGGAUCGCGCUGCAAUAAGAGACACAUAAUGAAACAUCCAGACGGGUGGACCCUGGACCGCGUGCAGGUGUUCACACACAAGCCAUGCCCACUGCCGCCACCGGGCACCUGGCAUAAGGUGCUGGUUACAUAUGUCUGCCAUUUCAACCGCUUCUAUGUACAGUUUAUAAAUGAGAAGAAAAAAGAGGAGCCGCUGCCCGAGUUCGGCAUAGUGCUGCCGCCGACGUCGCUGGAGGCUCUCGUGCGCGACAUGAACAGCCCCGCCACCAGGAUGGCGUACAAACGUCCCAAGACGACGCCGGCGCCUGGCGAACUAGUGGCAGCCCUAUACCCACCCGACGAUCAGUGGUACCGAGCACGUGUACGCUUCUCAUCGCGAGCCGACCAGAAUGUAGAGGUGAUGUACGUGGACUACGGUAACAUGGUAUGGGUGAAGGAGGACUGCGUGCGCAUGCUGGACCCGCGGUUCGUGGCGCUGCCCGCGCAGGCGGCGCGCUGCUCGCUGGCGGGCGUGGUGGCGCGCGAGCAGACGUCGCGGCAGUGGGCCGCCACCAAGACCGCGCUCGCCAACCUCGUGCAGGACCGCACGUUCGACGCGCACGUCAUCUCCCGGGACUACGACGAGAUAACAGUAGAAUUGUACGAUGAGGACGACUACAGCGUCGCAGAGCACCUGGCUGCUCUCAAUAUGGUGACCUUAGAAGAGUACACGGUCUUCGACGACACAAAUGUCACGCAAAAACUUGUCGUACCAUAGACUCACAAACUCGUCGUAUCAUAGACUCACAAACGCCAUACCACAGACUCGCAAACUUGUACCAUAGACUUACUAACUAAUACCAUAGACGAACACGUUUAACACUAUGAUUACUUUGCGAUUGGUAAUCGAGAAGCUUAAACUAAAUGGAAAUUUCCUACUUAAAUUGAAGUAAGUAGAUGUAAUGUCAUAUGUUCUGAUUGAGUGGAUUUUUUUUUUUUUGUAUAAUAGAAUACUUAGUAUAAACCUUUUGCGUUUCGUUCGUCUCGCUUACUCUCCAAUUGUUAAGUAACUAGUCGAAUAAGACUAAACAGAGAUUAAUUCGCUAUCCCGCUUGCACUAACUAGCGUUAUAGAGAUAGAUGAAUAUCAGUUCUGUUCACAGUUCACAUAGAUUACAUAGUUACAAAUGCGACGCGGAUUUAAGAUUCGAUUCAGUUACAUCUUGGAUACAAAUUUAUAUUCUUGUUCGUAAAAUAAUAUCAUUGUUAUAUAUAUAUAUAUACACUAUUAUAAAAUGAAAUUAACUCAAUUUGUGAUUUUUUAAAUGGCAACAAAUUAUUUACAAAAUGUAACACGAAUAAUAUCGUGUUUAUUUCUGAAUUCUGCGUACACUGGACGCUAUACUUGCCAUUUUCAAUUGUUAUUUUACGUUACGAAUUAUAUUUUGUUACAUUAUUACUUUACAGUAUACUAACUGUUUAUAGUUUAUUUUAUACCGUCUGUAUUGCCUGUCAAAUUUCAAAUAUUUUUAUUAUUUCUCAUCUUUUUUUUUUUGCACUAAUUAAAAUUUUUUAUAAUAAAAAGUAAUAUCGAUGUAAUUUCCUAGCAACUGUUAAAUUAGGCAAAUGUAUGUCUACAAAUUGAUUUCAUAUUUUGUUAUUAAAGUUUCUAUUUUCUUUUUAAUUUCUUUCCAAAAUAUCUAUGAUAGUUAAUAUGUAAUUUUUUUUUUUUUUUUUUAUAAAUGUGUAAUUCUUUUUUGUUUACAUUUGAAUUUUGAUGGGUGAUAAUAUAGUAUGUUAUGUUAAUUAAGAUUUACUUUUUAUACAAAAGUCUAAUGACUGCCACUAAUGUAAAUUAAUAUGAGCAGUUUUAUUUUUUAUUUUAAAUGUUAAAAAUCUCGAAUUAGAUAGAUAGAUAAACACUUUAUUUGAGCCAUUUAUGACACACGUAAAUUAAUAAAUAAAUUUAUACAAUCUGAUUAUUUACAUUUUUUCAAAUAUAAAACAAAAGAUUAAUAUUGGAGAUAUGUUUUCACCAAGUGUGUCGCAGUGACCCAAAAAGUGAAUUAGUAUUAAUAAGUUCCUAUAUGUUUGCUUAUUUUAUAGAUCGCUACGAAGAUUGUGAGAAUGAUUAACAAACGUACUUAGUAUGCAUGAAGGUUACCUUUAAGAAGUAAUAUAUUAUUAUCUGUGUUGUAUAGAUAUUGGAUCACCUAAGUCCUCAGGAAUGGCAACGCAUGGGGAGUAUCAUGGGCAAAACAGUAUACUCUGUUAUGUCCACGGUACUGCUCAUGUCUAUAGGCGACGGUUACCAUUUUCUAUCAGAUGAUACGUCAGCUUGUUUGCCAUUCUAAGUUGCAUAAAAAAAUAACCCCAAACUCAAUUAUACCAUUAGGUGGUCACUGUGGUAGUUUUGCAUUAUAAGGCUCAAUGGUUGUCGUAUUAAUCGAUAAUGAUGGCCCAAAAAAAUCGAACUAUACCGAUAUAUCUAUUGAUUACAUUAAUAGUAUUGAUGAUAAGUGUUUACGCAAUUCUAUCGGUUGUAAUCGAUGUCAACGGUAUCGAUUAUUCGAUCGAUAUUAGAAUUGAUGUUUGAUUAAAUUGUACACGUUAAUUGACGUUAUCCGUCCCUUGAAAGUGCUGUUAGUAUUCAUUAGUGGAGCCGUGGAGCGAUCGGCUUUAGGUUACCUGUCUACACUCACUGCGUCACCGAUUUUUGAAAUUACCAAAUUUCGGUUAUGGAUAAAUGGAUUUAUUAUAUACAUAAAUUUAAGGAAAACGACGCUGCAAAUUCGAGUUAUGCAACAGACGCUGUUGCAUUAACGCGCAGUGCCACAUUUUUGUUCGGUACAGUGUAUAAUGCAUAAACGCUUGAGGAGUUAAUAGGAUUUAAAAAAAUUUACUUUUUUUUUCUGAAACAAAAAUUUUUAUUACCAAAAAAAUAAAAUAGGGUCUCGAAAAAGAAAGCAAUGUGUAUUUUUAUAAUCGGCACUACAUAAUAAUAGGUGUGUAAUACCUUGUACAGUCUUUUGUACAGAUUGCUACUAACACCAAUUUAAGGAAUGGUUUACGUUAAUUAACAUAGGUACUAUUAUUAUUGUCGAUAGUAUAUCGUUGCAUUAACUAUUAUCGAUUAAUCAACAAAAUCUUAAAUAUAUUUGAUAAUAUAAUAAUCCAUUACACAAUCAAUUGUUGGAUUAUUCCCAAAUUUUAUAUGAGUUUAAAGAAUAACCUCCGAAUCUACCGUAAUAUAUAGAAUAGUUGCAUUUACGAUUCCUUUCUGGAUUUAUGAAUUACUAUAUAUAAGUAUUUAUAACUGUACUGCAGUAGUCACUUGAGAAGUUGAGAAAAGUUUUGACGUUUCAUCUCAGACGGAAGUUUGAAUCCAAAAAUCAUUUCGAUACAAACUUAUGAAUUCUUUAAACACAUGUUUGAUUAAUUUAUAAUAUAAAUAUCACUUGCUUCUCGCUUCAGAAGGCGCGUACAGAUGUCCAGUAAGCUACGACAACUGGCUUUCUAAAAUGGAAAAAUAUUAGAAACGCCAGAGGGCGCCACUCUCGUAAUUGUACUAAAACUGACAAUUCGAUUUUGUGGCGCCAUUUCUCGUAAAUUAAAUUCGAUUCUGUGGCGCCAUUUCUUUAAUCUCUUAAAUUAAUAUUUCAAAUUGAUAUCACAAUGAAAUCUUUAGUGGAAAUUUAAUUUGUAAUGGUCUAUAAAACAAUAAUUUCGCGAAACUAACAAAAAAAAAAUA